GGUGACGUCAGAGUGUGAGGACACGGGACAGGAAGAGGCGCAGAGGGAAAAAAAACCAAAAUGGCAACGAGCGCAGAACACGGGCUGAAAAGAAUAGUUUGGAAAAGAAUAAAAGAUACAAUUAUUACAGACUGCAGGAAAUCUGAAAUAUGGAAGAUAUUGAUUCUGGACCCCUUCACCACCAAGCUUCUCUCAUCAUGCUGCAAAAUGUCCGAUCUGAUGUCAGAGAAAAUAACAAUUGUGGAGGACCUGUUCAAAAGCAGAGAGCCUGUUCUAGAAAUGAAGGCCAUCUACUUCAUAACACCAACCGCUAAGUGUGUGGAUGCCUUCAUUGCUGACUUCAAGCACAAACCUAAAUACAAAGCAGCAUAUGUUUAUUUCACAGACUACUGCCCCGAUGACCUGUUCAACAACAUGAAGCUGUACUGUGCAAAGUACAUACGGGUCUGUAAGGAAAUAAACAUGUCCUUCCUGCCACAAGAGGCACAAGUGUUCACAUGUGAUAAUCCUGGAGCUUUCCAAAGCAUCUACAGUCCCAACAGUCAAGACAAAAGGAAGACACUGGAGACAAUCGCGGACCAGCUUGUCACACUGUGUGCCACGUUGGAUGAGUACCCAGGGGUCAGAUAUAAGAAAGACAACAACAUGGAGAACGCUAAGACCCUUGCGGAGCUGGUGGACAACAAGCUGGCCAAACACUACGAGCUGGAUGACAGCGGCAAGAAAAAGGGAAAGACCCAGGCUCAGCUGCUGAUAGUGGAGAGAGGGUUUGACCCUGUCAGCCCAAUCCUGCAUGAACUGACCUACCAGGCUAUGGCUUACGAUCUUGUUGAUAUACAGAACGACACCUACAAGUACAAGUCCAAAGAUGGCUCAGAGAAGCAGGCACUGCUGAAUGAGGACGACGUGCUCUGGGUUAGGCUGAGGCACAAGCACAUUGCCGAAGUCACCGAAGCAAUCCGCAAGUUAGUAAAGGAAAUAUCUGCUAGCAAGAAACAGCCAGAUGGGAAGAUCACAAUCAGCAAUUUGGCCCAGAUGAUGAAGAAGAUGCCCGCAUUCCGUAAACAGGUUACUGAGAAAACUAUUCAUCUGCAGUUAGCCGAGGACUGCAUGGAACAUUUCUCAAACAACGUGGAGAAACUCUGCAAAGCUGAACAGGACCUGGCAGUGGGGUCAGACGUUGAGGGGGUGAAGGUGAAAGAUCCAAUGAGGACCCUGUUGCCGGUGCUGCUCCACCCAUAUAGCAUCCACGACAAGAUCAGAGCUGUGUUGCUCUACAUCUUCAGUGUCAAUGGAACAACAGACGAGAACUUAAGCAAACUCAUCCAGCACGUGAAGAUCGAGGACGAACGAGAGUUCAUCCUGAACUGGAAAGAACUGGGGGUCCCUAUCAUCACAUCGCCAAGUUUCUUCUCUCGCAAACCAACCAGACGAGAUCGUUCCCAGGAUCAGACUUACAACCUUUCCAGAUGGACUCCUGUCGUAAAAGACGUGAUGGAGGAUGCCGUGGAGAACAAACUGGACACCAAAGAGUGGCCUCACCAGUCUGAGUGUCCUGCUGCCUGGAAUGGCUCCGGGGCUGUCAGUGCCCGACAGAAGCACAAAGCCAGUGCUCAAGAUGAGCGCCGGACCGGCUCACGCCUCAUUGUUUUUGUUCUUGGGGGAAUCUGCUUCUCUGAGAUGCGUUCUGCCUACGAGGUCACCCAGGCUGUAAAGUCCUGUGAGGUCAUCAUAGGAUCUUCUCACAUUUUGACCCCGACCGGUCUCCUGAAUGACAUCAAGGCUCUGAGCAAAGGCCCCAUGGAGACUUUCACAAUAGAGGAAAGGAGCAACGCCUGAGAGGUCUCUAACUAACACCUCCCCAAUCUCACCCAACCUCCCUACAUCUCAUAUCACCCAGCACAGUGCACUCAACUGGACUUCCUGAAUGGAAGACUGAAGGGAAUUUACCUUAUACUUAUCUUUGUGUUUAAUACUCUUUUCAAACUUGGUGCACAUUUACGGUAGGCAUGAGGGAAAAUUCUCUUUUAACUUGGUCAGUAACUAAAAUUGUGGCCUGCUUAUGGCAUUUAUAGUUUGCUAAUUGUCAUUUGAUCAUGUAGAUCAUAUUAAAAGUGAAUUGACCUCAUCCUACGAUCAAUAAUUAAAGUAAAAACCGUCUGCCUAUCUGUGUUUGUGUUGUCCAUAUAAAAGAUUCUGGUUAUGUUACGUGUUGAACGACAUCUGAGAAACCUUCAGAGAGAGAAUGGUGGUUGAAAGUAGUGCAAAGCUAAUGUAUAUACUGUAUGUAAGCACUGAGUCCCUGCUGUGUCAUUCUGACUUUUUCAGUCACACUUUAUGUAAUUUUGAAGAGUGUAUUUACGUUUCUUUCUUGAUCUGAACAACUGACUAAUAAAUGGAUGAAGUGGUUCA